ACUAAUACUGUAAAUCAUUUACAGUAUUUGCUUCUUAUUAAUUAUUAUAUAGUAUAGACUAUAGACUAUUAUAGAGAGCCUAGACAUAGAAGAGAUAUUAUCUAGGCUCUUUAGUAUAGACUAUAGAACAUUCACUAUAUUUACAAGUAUGGAGUUUCUUUAAUGAUGUUAUAAUGAACAUACUAGAAAAAAAUACAAUGGUAACAAUAAAUGUAAAGGCACACAAUUCGAUUGAUAAAAUUGGGGGCCCAGGAGGAGAAAAUGACAACCGAUACUUAUACUUGAAUUCUGUGGUUAAAAUCGAGUGUGGUCAAAAUGAGGGCACAGCAGUUUGUGUGCAUACGUCUGAUGCUAACGAUAGACACCUGUUCCUCACAUGUGCUCAUGUCGUAGACCACACAGUGCAAUCAGUAAUACUACGUUAUGGUGGACGUGCAAUUAAAGGUAGAGUUAUCUAUGCUAAUCGUAAGGCUGUUCCGUAUGAUAUUGCUGUAAUUGUAUCUGAACGAAUUACAGACAUUUUAGCUUGUCAGAUAUCAGACAAAACCCCGGUCAUUGGUCAAAAAAUGUUUUCGGUUGGAUUCCCUUGUCGAGAAUAUGUACCGUCUACAGUUUUUGGUCACAUGUAUAGAAUGAUACAUAACAUAUUAACAACCACUUGUAAUGUACGUGAAGGGUUCAGUGGUGGUCCAGUCUUUUCAAUUGAUAGAAAACUGUUGGGUCUCACUGUUGGAAAGUUGAACGUGGGCACUAUUCAUUUUGUAUUGCCUUCAACAGAAUUUGUGGAAACUAUUAAUAAAUACAUCAUUACUAAUAAUGUUGAAAUACUUAAUGAUUUAGAAUCCAAGUGCCCAUUGAAAACAGCGUUAUGGAACAAUGGAAUUCCCACCUUCAAAACAUGUCAUAUUUAAUUCAAACAGAAGAAUAUUCUCAUGUACAUUACUAUAAUGAUUGAAAUGAUUAAUAGGGUUAGGGUGUUUAUGAUUUUGCAAAUUUUUUUUUUUUUGUUGUCCAAUAGCUUUUCCAUUCUUAUAUAAAAAUGUGUUUCAUGAUAUCUAUAUUCAAAAUAU